UUUGUUCUGUCACAGUCAUAGGAGCCGUUUCAGCGUUAGCCCGCAAAUUUUCUUGAUAUAAGUUUCAUUUCCUGCUUUUAGUUUUAUUUUUCAGUAGUUUUUAAUAAUUUUAAUAUUUAGCAUGGAGGAAAAAGCUUCAUUGAAGGAGCUUGAUCAGUGGAUAGAACAACUUAAUGAGUGUAAACAGUUAACUGAAAGUCAAGUCAAAACAUUGUGCGAUAAGGCCAAGGAAAUUUUGACGAGGGAAUCAAAUGUUCAGGAAGUGAAAUGUCCUGUCACAGUGUGUGGAGAUGUCCACGGUCAGUUUCACGACCUCAUGGAAUUGUUUCGAAUAGGUGGCAAAUCUCCAGACACGAAUUAUUUAUUUAUGGGCGACUAUGUUGAUCGUGGAUACUACUCUGUUGAAACAGUUACACUUUUAGUUGCUUUAAAGGUUCGUUAUAGAGAAAGAAUAACUAUUUUAAGAGGAAAUCAUGAGUCCCGGCAAAUCACUCAAGUUUAUGGUUUUUAUGAUGAAUGUUUGCGAAAAUAUGGGAAUGCCAAUGUUUGGAAAUUUUUCACGGACCUUUUUGAUUAUCUACCACUGACUGCGUUAGUUGAUGGACAAAUCUUCUGUCUGCAUGGUGGUCUCUCACCAUCAAUCGACACCCUAGAUCAUAUUCGUGCACUAGAUCGGCUACAAGAAGUUCCUCAUGAAGGUCCCAUGUGCGACCUUCUUUGGUCAGACCCAGAUGAUCGAGGAGGAUGGGGAAUCUCACCCCGUGGUGCUGGUUACACUUUCGGCCAAGACAUUUCGGAAACGUUCAACCACUCUAACGGUCUUACACUAGUUUCUCGAGCACAUCAACUUGUAAUGGAAGGAUACAACUGGUGUCAUGAUCGUAACGUUGUCACGAUAUUUUCAGCUCCAAAUUAUUGUUAUAGGUGCGGAAAUCAAGCUGCAAUCAUGGAACUGGAUGAUGGCCUCAAAUACUCAUUCCUACAGUUUGAUCCCGCACCUCGCAGAGGAGAACCACACGUAACCCGCCGCACACCUGAUUAUUUCUUGUAAAUGGACCGUAUUAUAAUUGAUUGACUGUAAGAAAUUACGCAUUAAUUUAAGUCUAAAUUUGUAUAGAAACAUAUGAAUGAACAUCUUUGAAUGUGGAGUUAGUAAAGUGUUCUGUGUGAGAAUAAUGAAUGAAUAAAAUAAAAAUAAUGUUUAAAAAUAAAAAUUAGAAGCGAGAUUUUAAUGAAAAUCGUAAUUUUUUUGCAAGUUAAGCGAAGUUAUUUGUUGAAUUUUUUUAACUGUGUGAGUUAUGGACCAUCUCUUUGACUCACAAUUUUUUUUUUUUUGUUUAUUUAUUAAUUAAUUUUUAUACAGAAAUAUUGUGUUAAUUGUGUUUAGGUGGCUUUAAUAAAUGUCAUAAUUACUACAAAGAUAACCUUCUGUCUCUUGGUUUAAUGAUGUUAGUCUCGCAGAGAGAUUCCCAUCUUGGUAUAGAUUAGUUUGAUUUGAAACUUUUAUCCCUAUCCAUCUAUUAAUUCAUUUCUUCCCAGUGUAUUUAUUGUAAAGGACAUCUGCUAUUUACCAUCUUGUACUAUAUUUUAAUCUACAUUUAAUGCACGAAAUUUUAGUAGCAGAGAAGUUUACACAUACAAUCUUCUUCACUCUGCUUUCUAAAGAAGGUUCUCCUUCUGCCUAAAUACGUGUCUAAUAUGCUGAUAUCAAAUAAAUUGCUCUCCUUGACCAAGCAAUUUCUCUCUAAAUCAAAGAUAAAAGCUGGUCUUUUAUUUGAUCAUCGUAAUGUCCAUCGCAGUAUUCAUCUUUCAUAAUAAUCACACAAUUCUAACGCUGUCUUGAUAUUUUUCAAGAUUAUCAUGUACAAGUGUAAAUUACAAUAAAAUGUGCAUUUUUAACUUGAAAAA